CCCCCAGCCUGUGACCCCUCCCCCGACUUCUCCAUUCUGUAUCUGCCAAUCCCUCCACUGGUCUCCACUCAGUGUCCUCCACCCCUCUCUGCCAAUCCCUCCAUUCAGUGUCCUCCACCCCUCUCUGCCAAUCCCUCCACUGGUCUCCACUCAGUGUCCUCCACCCCUCUCUGCCAAUCCCUCCAUUCAGUGUCCUCCAUCCCUCUCUGCCAAUCCCUCCACUGGUCUCCACUCAGUGUCCUCCACCCCUCUCUGCCAAUCCCCACUGGCCUCCAUUCAGUGUCCUCCACCCCUCUCUGCCAAUCCCUCCACUGGCCUCCACUCAGUGUCCUUCACCCCUCUCUGCCAAUCCCUCCACUGGCUUCC